UUUAAAAUAGAAAAAUGGAAGAAAACAGUAAUCCAGCAUUAAAUUUAAUGAUUAAUAAUAUUCCUAAUCUCUCUAUUGUGAAAUCUACAUCUAGAAUGUCUAAUUGCAACAAAGUUUGCAAUGAAAGUCUUGAUAAUGAUUUUGAUGAAGACAACACACUGGAGAUUUUAGCAUUUAUGAAAAAGCAAGUUAGUUUAAGUGGUUUGAAAACUUCAUUGUGGAGUACAGAACAUGAUGAAAUUAUGGUAUCAUUUAUAAAAAAUACAGACGACAAACACAGAAUUUUGCUUUGUCAUUUUGAUGCUCAAAAACAGAGUCUUGUUGUUUCAACUAAUAUACCCUCAUAUUAUGUUGAUCAGUUAUUUUAUUUUCUAAGAAGAAGAAGUUGUAAACUACAAUUGAAUACUAUUAAAAAAGACGUUCAUUUUCAAAUGAUUCAUUCAUCAGGCAUUGAGACCUUAUUAGGGUUGAUGACACAUUUCUAUGGACCACAGUUUUUUCAAAAUAAAACAUGGCCAGAAAGCAUAAAAAAUGAGUUUGUUGGUCAUUUGCAUAAGUUUAUGGCCACACUUACUGAUGCAAAGUAUAAAAUACAAGGAAAAACAGUUCUUUAUAUUCCAAAUGAAGUUUUGAAUUUAACUGCUCAUGAAGCUUCACUAAAUAAAGAUUAUGUUCAAAGAUUAGAAAGUGCUAUGAUUCAUUGGACUAGACAAAUAAAAGAAGUUCUUAAUAAUCAAGAUAUAUUUGAAACAGCUGAACAAGGUGGUCCACUUGAAGAAAUUAAGUUUUGGCGAAGUCGCUGUUUUGAUCUGUCUGGGAUAAGUAGUCAGUUUGAUAAAGAAGGCGUUAUUCGAAUAGAAGAAAUUUUACAAAUGUCAAAAUCGUCAUUUGUUGCUCCCUUCAAGAAGUUGUCUAAACUGAUACAAGAUGGAUUUGAUCAAGCUCAAAGCAAUUUAAAGUUUUUAUCCAUUAUUGAAGAACCAUGCACUGCUCUUGCUGAAGCUGAGCCAUUAAAUAUUCCUGCAUUGCUUCCUAACCUUCUGAGUUUGAUAAGAAUUAUAUGGGUUAAUUCACAACAUUACAGAAGUAGAGAAAGAAUAACAGGGUUACUGAGAAAGGUCAGCAAUGAAAUUAUCAAUCGCUGCAGCUCAAAGAUUUCUUUGGAAAACAUAUUUAAUGGAAAUGUGAAAGAAAAUAUGAAAAGACUAAAAGAUAGUAUAGAAUGUUGUUUAAAAUGGAAAGAAUGUUAUGAUCAAGUUAGCAAAGUGCAUUUGCAGUCUUGUGAAAAGGAAAAAUGGAUUCUUGAUCAAACUAGCAUUUUUGCUCAGGUUGAUGCUUUUAUUCAAAGAUGCAAAGACCUUAUGGAGAUUUGCGAGGCUCUGAACCAUUUUGCUCAUGGCUUAGAAGGAAAUAAAAAACCAACAUACAUUUUUCCAGGUUUAAAAAGUCCAGAAAUUGUGAGGAGUUUAAAUGAAGUUAAAUCAACAUUUAUGCGAAAUCUCGAAGUGUUAAAAAAUGUCAGGCACACAAUACUUGAUGUUAAGGCCACAUCUUGGCAUGAUGAUUACAACUCAUUUAAAUCUUCAAUUAAAGAUAUAGAAGUCAUGAUUCAAACUAUAUUGAACUCAGCAUUUGAAACAAUAAACACUGUCCAAGAUGGUGCAGAAGUAUUAGAAUGUUUUAUACAUCUUUCUUCAAGAGAAGCUAUUCGACGAUGUAUUGACAAGAAAACAGUUGAUAUUUAUCAUUUAUUUCAAGGAGAACUAAAUGCUGUAAAAAGAGAUUUUAACUUACAAAGACCAGAUAUUUCUAUUCUAUAUCCGAAAUAUGCUGGAUUAGCUUUAUGGGCUCGCACUUUAAAGAAAAGAAUCGAUAGACCAUUUUCUGCACUAAAAGAAGCAACUUUUCUUCCCAAGGUUGGACUUGGUGACGAAAUUAAGCAGCAGUAUUCUCAAUUGGCGCAAGCGCUUGAUGAAUAUGUUCGCAAACUGUUUAAUGAGUGGACAAAUACUGUGGAAAAAGACACUGUUAAACUUCUUGAUGUCCCUCUGAUGUGCAAGAACUCUCAAAAAACAGGAAUGCUUGAUAUUCAUUUUGACAGGUCUUUACUUAAGUUGUUUCAAGAAAUAAGUUACUGGGAAAAACUUUUGUUUGAAAUUCCCCACUAUGCUGCUAAUGUGUAUUCUAAAAGAGAAGAGCUGAGAAUGUUAAAAGAAAAUGUACUUCUUGUAGUAUGUGAUUACAAUAAAAUUGUAGCUAUGCUAAAUUCAGAAGAACGGGCACUUUUCAAGGAGAGAAUCCGGUUUCUUGAUAAAAAAAUUCAGCCUGGCCUUACCAAGUUGACAUGGGCAUCAAAAGGUGUUUCUGAAUAUUUUGUUAGUGAUUGUCGACUAAACAGUUGCAAACUUCAAGCAGUUGUUAAUCACUUUAAAGCCUCAAACAUAUUGAUUUUAAAAAAUUGUAGUUUAAUCAGUGAAAAUCUUUUAUUAAAAAUUGAUCCGAAACGAGUGUAUGAGGAUUCUGAAUUUGAAGCUGAACAAGAAAAUCAUCAAAUUUAUGUAAAAUCUAAAUUAACAAACCUUCAUUAUGAUAUUAUUAAUACACUUAAAAAGAUUUAUGAAGUUUUUCGAUCAGACGGUCCUGAAGUGCAACAAAACUGGCUUAGUUUUGUCGAAAAAAUUGACAAACUUGUUGGGGAUGCUUUUAGGCUGAACAUAAAAUGGUCUUUACUAGAGCUUUCUCGAUUAAUAAAUGGAGAUAGUAAAAGUUCUCCAAAUCCUCUCUUUCGUGUCAAAGUGGUAUUAGAAGAAAAUCAAGUAGAUUUUUCUCCUAAGUUAAAGAAAAUUGCAGAUGUUGUGAAUUCGGUUGCUAGCUGUUUGACAAACUGUCUUAGUUCUUUUGAACGUCUACCAUCCAUACUUAUUUCUCAUUAUACUGGUCAACCGUCAAUUAAAAAGGUUAUAGAUGACGAUGACGAGACAAAAAAAUUGCAGUGGAUCAUCAAUAAUGGAGUCUCAAAAAACGCUGGAGAACUACUAAAGUAUCUAACAAUAUGGGACAGUUAUAAAGAAAUUUGGGAACUUGAUAAGGAAGCUUUUAUAAGGCGCUAUCAAAGGUUAAAUCCUCCAGUCUCUUCAUUUGAUGCUGAUAUUGCAAGGUACACUGAAGUUGCAAAUAAUGUGCAGAAGGAGGAGACAAUAAUAACCAUACAGUUCAUACUUCUUGAUUCUUCUCCAUUAAAGUUUUCUAUUCUAUCUCAUUGUAAUGAGUGGCAAAAUGGUUUCACAAGAGUAUUAAAAGAAAUGGGUACUGCAAAGCUCUCAGAGCUGCACAGUUACAUGAGUACAAAUUCUAAACUUAUAAGAGCAGUUCCAGAAAACCUUGAGCAGUUAAAAUACAGUAUUAGUUUACUUGAAGAGCUACAAGCCAAUCUUUUGAAUAUUGAAUCAAAUAUACCCCCAGUGCAUGAGCAAUUUUCUAUCCUUGAAAAAUAUGAAAUUAAUGUUUCUGAAGAGGUUCAAGAGCAACUGCAGAUGCUUGGAUCAGCAUGGAUAUCAUUUCAACAGUGUCUCAUUGAUAGUGAAAUCAUGUUAAAGAAGAGCAAAGAUAGGUUUAGAUCAGCUCUUCUUUUGCAAGCUGAGGAAUUUAAGAAAUCUGUAAAUGCUCUAGUUGAUGAGUUUGCACUUAGAGGACCAUUUACAUCAAAAACGUUUGUGGGAGAGGCAUUAGCUUCAAUUAAAGCUUUUAAGCAGCAAACUGAUGUAGAGAAGGCUGAAGAAAAAUCUUUACAAAACGGCCUUCAAAUAUUUAAAAUUGAGCACCAGUCUUCAAAGCUUUUGCAGUUGUUAGAAACAAAUAUUAACUUCUUAGAACAGAUAUGGCUGAUAACUGAAGAAUGGGAAAUAUUAUGGGCUCAAUGGAAAACAGAAAAGUUUACAAAUCUUGUAACAACUGAAAUGGAAAAAACAUCUCAAAAUUUGUUUAAACAAUGCAUCAAAAUAAAUCGAGAAAUCAAAGAUAAAAACUGGGAAAUCAAUGACACAAUAAGAUCCCGAAUUGAUCAAUUUAUUCGAACAAUGCCUUUAAUUCGUGAUUUAAAAAAUGAUGCCAUUAGAGAAAGACAUUGGGACCAGAUAAAAACUGCAAUGCAAAAACAUUAUGAGCAUCAAGACGAUGAUUUUACUCUUGAGAAAAUUAUAAUUCUUGGCUUGGAUCAGUUUGCAGAACAGAUAAAUGAGAUAUCUGCAUCUGCAAGUAAAGAAUUAUUAAUUGAAAAAACUCUGAAAGAUAUUUCCAAUGUUUGGGAAAUAAUGAAUCUAGAUAUUGUGCCAUACAAAGAACGUGGCCAUUUUAAGUUAAAAAGUACUGAAGAGAUAUUUCAAACUCUAGAAGAUAACCAGGUGACUUUGCUAACUCUUAAAUCAUCUCGUUAUGUCAAACCAUUUGAGUUUGAAGUUGAUAAAUGGGAGCGUACUCUUUCAUUGAUUGCAGAGAUCAUUGAAUUAAUUCUUACAGUGCAAAGACAAUGGAUGUAUUUAGAGAACAUAUUUCUUGGUGAAGACAUUCGUAAACAACUUCCUAGAGAAUCUGCAGAAUUUGAUGAAGUUAACAACUCCUGGAAAACUAUAAUGAAGCGUUUAAACAAGGACAGAAAUGUUUUACAAGGUUGUCAUUUUCCAGGAAUGAUGGAGUUAUUGAACAAUAUGAAUUUAAAGCUGGAGGAGAUACAAAAAUCAUUAGACAUGUUUCUUGAGACAAAAAGGCAAAUAUUUCCAAGGUUUUAUUUUCUUUCCAAUGAUGAUCUGCUAGAAAUAUUGGGACAGUCAAAAAAUCCUGAAGCAGUUCAACCACAUUUAAGUAAAUGCUUUGAUAAUAUUAAGUCACUGCAGAUGAGCAAACUAGGCCUAAGUCUUAAGCAAGAAGCGUUUGGUAUGUUCUCUUCUGAUGGAGAGUAUAUAGAGUUUUUACAUCCAGUUUUAGUGGAAGGACCUGUAGAAUCUUGGCUGUGUGAUAUUGAACAUAGCAUGAGAUCUGGUUUAAAAGAAUUGCUAAGAGGUUGUCGAUUAGGGCUUAAAAAGGUUGGCACGGGCCGUGAGAAAUGGGUUAAAGAAUGGGCUGGACAGCUAAUAAUAAUAGCUAGUCAAAUCCAAUGGACAGCUGACUGUUCUAAAGCAUUACUUGGAAUGAAAGAUAGAGAAGAUAAAAAAACAUUAAAGAAUUUGCGAAAAAAACAAAUAUUUGUGCUAAAUAAACUAUCUGAACAAGUUCGUGGAAAUUUAACUAAGUUGCAGCGUUUAAAGAUUGUUGCCUUAAUUACAAUUGAAGUACAUGCAAGAGAUGUAAUAGAAAAAAUGGUCAAAUCAGGAUGUUCAGACAUAAAUGCUUUUGAUUGGCUGAUGCAGCUGCGUAUGUAUUGGGAAAAAGAUGUUGAUGAUUGUGUUGUUUGUCAAACGAAUACUCGCUUUAAAUAUGGCUAUGAGUAUUUGGGAAAUUCGGGUAGAUUAGUUAUUACCCCUCUGACUGAUCGGUGUUACAUGACUCUUACAACUGCUUUGCACUUGCACCGAGGUGGCAGUCCAAAAGGUCCAGCUGGAACUGGAAAAACAGAAACUGUUAAAGAUUUAGGAAAAGCUUUAGGAGCUUAUGUUAUUGUGGUGAACUGCUCAGAGGGCUUAGAUUUUAGAUCAAUGGGGAGAAUGUACAGUGGUCUUUCUCAGACUGGUGCAUGGGGUUGCUUUGAUGAGUUCAAUCGUAUAAAUAUUGAGGUUUUAUCUGUUGUGGCUCAGCAGAUUUUAUCUAUAUUAACAGCCCUCUCAAGUGGUUUUACAAAGUUUGUUUUUGAAGGUCGUGAAAUCAACUUGGUUUGGUCAUGUGGUAUCUUUAUUACUAUGAACCCUGGGUAUGCAGGAAGAACUGAGCUGCCAGAUAAUUUAAAAAGUAUGUUUCGCCCAAUCUCAAUGGUGGUUCCAGAUUCUGCAAUGAUAGCUGAAAUUAUUUUAUUUGCAGAAGGUUUUAGUAACACUAAGGUUUUAGCCAAGAAAGUUGAUGCAUUGUAUUCUUUGGCUGUACAUCAGCUAUCCAAGCAAGAUCAUUAUGAUUUUGGUUUACGAGCAUUGACAUCUCUGUUGCGAUAUGCAGGGAAAAAAAAGCGAACUAAUCCCACAUUUUCUGAUGAAGAGGUAAUACUGAUUUCUAUGAAAGAUAUGAACGUUGCAAAGCUGACAUCUCAAGAUAUUAUUUUGUUUAAUGGAAUAAUGUCUGAUUUAUUUCCUGGUAUAGAUCCUCCAAAUACAGAUUAUAGCAAGUUUAUCGCUGCAAUUGAAAAAGAAUUAAAAAAUAAAAACUACCAAUGUCAUCCAAAUACACUGCAAAAGAUUAUUGAACUUUAUGAAACUAAAAGUACAAGACAUGCAACAAUGAUUGUGGGAAAAACAGGGGCAGGAAAAAGUGUAAUAUGGCGUACACUUCAAGCCACUCUUACGUCUUUGAAAGGCCAGCCUGGAUUUAAUAGUGUUAAAGACUUUCCAAUUAAUCCAAAAGCUAUUUCUCUUGGUGAGUUAUAUGGAGAAUUUGAUUUGCAAUCAAAUGAAUGGACAGAUGGCAUUUUAUCAUCUGUAAUGAGAAAUACCUGCUCAGAUGAGAAACCAGAUGAAAAAUGGAUAGUAUUUGAUGGUCCAGUUGAUACUCUAUGGAUAGAAUCAAUGAACUCUGUAAUGGAUGAUAAUAAAGUGCUCACAUUAAUAAAUGGUGAACGCAUAUCUCUACCAGAACAGGUGUCUUUAUUAUUUGAAUGUGAAAAUCUUUCAGUAGCAUCUCCAGCUACAGUAAGUCGUUGUGGUAUGGUUUACACUGAUUAUGCUGAUCUUGGUUGGCAACCAUUUUUAUCUUCUUGGUUAGAAAAAAGGAAUGAUAAAGCAAGUGAGACAGUUUUACAAUUGUUGUUCACCAAAUAUGUCCAAAGAGUUAUUGAUUUCAAAAAAGCUAACUGUGUGGAGUUGGUAUCAGUAUCAGAACUAAACUCUAUUGCAUCUCUUUGUGCACUUCUUGAUGGCUUGCUUACUGAAGAAAAUGGAGUUACUCCAAUUGAUGCUGAAAAUUUUCCAAAAAUGAUUGAACUUUGGUUUUUGUUUUCUCUAAUAUGGUCAGUAUGUGCCUCAGUGGAUGAAGACAGUAGAAAGAAGAUUGAUAAUUUAUUACGUGAUUUAGAUGGACAAUUUCCUGCUAAGGAUACAGUUUAUGAGUACUAUGUUGAUCCUAAACAAAAAUGUUGGACAUCUUGGGAAGAUCAACUUCGUUCUGGCUGGCGAAUACCUCCUAAUGUUCCAUUCUACAAAAUUAUGGUUCCAACUGUUGACUCAAUUCGCUACAAUUUUUUGUUAAACACAUUAAUCAAGAUAAAACGCCCUGUCUUACUUACGGGACCUGUUGGCACAGGAAAAACAUCUGUUGUUCAAAGAAUACUUGGUUCCUUGGAUAACAAUGUAUGGUCUAUGCUGACUAUAAACAUGUCUGCUCAGACUACUUCUAAUAAUGUGCAACGAAUCAUUGAAACCAAAGUUGAAAAAAGAACCAAAGGAAUUUAUGUUCCUAUUGAUGGAAAACAGAUGAUUACUUUUAUGGAUGAUUUAAACAUGCCUGCCAAAGAUUUUUAUGGAUCACAGCCACCACUUGAAUUAAUACGACAAUGGAUUGAUUUUGGAUUUUGGUAUGAUCGCCAGAAACAAACUACAAAGUGUAUUAAGGACAUGCUCUUAAUAGCUGCUAUGGGUCCACCUGGUGGUGGAAGAACAGUUAUUUCAAAUAGGUUUCUAAGUAGAUUCAACCUCAUAAACAUGACAUUUCCUCAGGAGAGUCAAAUUAAAAGAAUAUUUGGUACCAUGUUAAAUCAGAAACUUCAAGAUUUUGAAGAAGAAGUCAAAGCAGCAGGUGAAAUUAUUACUCAGGCAACAAUCGAUAUAUACAAUUCUAUUGUUCAAACAAUGUUGCCUACUCCUACCAAGAUCCAUUAUUUGUUCAAUUUAAGAGAUAUAUCAAAGGUUUUUCAAGGGUUGCUUCGUGCAAACAAAAGUUAUCAUGAUACAAAAAGCAGCAUUACCAGACUUUGGGUGCAUGAGUGUUUUCGAGUUUUUGCUGAUCGUCUUAUUAAUGACGCUGAUCAAGAUUCAUUCAUUGUACUUUUGAGUGAGAAGUUGGGAACAAUGUUUGAUUUCUCUUAUCACAACUUAUGUCCGAAUAAAGUUCCGCCCAUUUUUUGUGAUUUUUCAAAAGGAAAUGGUGUCUAUGAAGACAUAACUGACUUUAAGAGUUUAAAAACUUUGAUGGAAGAGAAACUUGAAGAUUAUAACAUGGAACCGGGUUUUAUAUCUAUGGAUUUAGUUUUAUUUAAAGAUGCAGUCGAGCAUGUAUCAAGGAUUAUUCGAGUUAUUGGUCAACCUCGUGGAAAUAUGCUUCUUAUUGGUGUAGGUGGCAGUGGAAGACAAAGCUUGACAAAAUUAGCUACUUAUAUUCUAGGCUAUAAUAUUUUUACAAUUGAAGUUUCAAAACAUUAUGGAAGUAAUGAGUUUCAUGAAGAUUUAAGAAAGUUGUAUUAUCAGGCUGGUGUUGAAGAAAAACCAACAGUUUUUUUAUUUACUGAUACUCAAGUUGCUCACGAAUCAUUCUUAGAAGAUCUUAGUAACGCUCUGAGCAGUGGUGAUGUACCCAAUCUCUAUAGUGCAGAUGACUUUGAAGAAAUACGUUCUGCUCUUCUUGUCAAAACCAGAUCUGAGGGUUUGUCAGACAAUACUGAAGUUAUUUUUAAGUAUUUUAUUGAAAAAGUUAGAGCUAAUCUUCGUGUAGUCCUAUGCAUGAGUCCUGUUGGUGAUCCAUUUAGGAAUCAUAUUCGACAAUACCCUGCAUUUGUGAAUUGCACUACAAUUGAUUGGUUCUGCGAAUGGCCUUAUGAUGCUCUGUUGGAAGUUGCUGAUAAAUACAUAAGUGUCAUGAAUAUUGGAACAUUAGAAAUGAAAUCUAGUUUGUCACAGAUAUUUGCUGUUAUACAUCAAUCUGUGACUGAAAUGUCUAACAAGAUGCUGUUUGAAUUGAAGCGUCACAAUUAUGUAACACCUACUAAUUAUCUGGAGCUAGUUGUUGGGUACAAAAGUUUGUUAGCAGAAAAGAGUAAGUUGCUUGGGGACGCUGCAGAAAAACUAAAAAAUGGAUUAAAAAAGAUUGAUGAUACAAGAGAAAAGGUGGAGGUUAUGUCAGUGGAAUUAGAAGAAGCAAAAAUACAAGUUGCACAGUUUCAGAAACAAUGUGAAGAAUUUCUUGUUAUAAUUGUGCAGCAAAAACGUGAAGCUGAUGAACAACAAAAGUCUGUCUCAGUACGAAGUGAAAAGAUUGCUGAAGAAGAAAUGAAAUGCAGAGUAAUCGCUGAGGCUGCUCAGCUAGAAUUGGAUGAAGCUAUCCCAGCACUUCAGGAAGCUAUUAAAGCACUUGAAUCACUAAACAAAAAAGAUAUGACUGAGAUUAAAUCUUAUGCUAAACCUCCUCCUUUAGUUGAAAAGGUACUUGAGGCUGUAAUGAUAUUAAAAGGAUAUGAGCCAACAUGGGCAGAAAGCAAGCGCCAACUUGGUGAUUCAAACUUUAUAAACAAGCUAAUCAACUUUGAUAAAGACAACAUGAGUGAUCGCGUGCUAAAAAAAAUUGGAACAUAUUGUAAUCAAGCAGAUUUUCACCCAGAUGUAGUUGGGCGUGUUUCAUCUGCAGCCAAAUCUCUUUGUAUGUGGGUGAGAGCAAUGGAAGUUUAUGGACGGAUAUAUAGGGUGGUUGAACCAAAAAAAAUUCGACUAGCCAAUGCGACAGCACAACUUGAUGAAAAACAAAAGUCUCUAGCUGAUGCAAAAAAUAAACUGAAAGAGGUGACAGACAAAAUAGAGGAGCUAAAAAAUGAUUAUGAUAAAAGACUUUCACAAAAAGAAGAGCUUUCAUGCAAAGCAAAGGUGUUAGAGUUAAAACUUGAUAGAGCUGCAAAACUUGUUUCAGGGCUAGGUAGUGAGAGGGAGAGGUGGGAAGAAACUGUUUCCACUUUAGAAGAAAACAUCACAUAUCUUGUUGGGGAUUGUCUGCUUGCAGCAGCAUUUUUGUCUUAUGCAGGUCCAUUUCUUUCAAACUAUCGUGAUUAUCUUGUAAAACAAACCUGGCUUGUGCUGAUUCGCAAACUUAAAAUUCCAUGCAAUCAGGAUUUCUCAUUUGCAAAUUUUAUGGCAAAACCAACUGUUGUUCGUGAGUGGAAUAUACAAGGUCUUCCUUCAGAUUUAUUUUCAACAGAAAAUGGAUGCAUUGUUACACGUGGUACAAGAUGGCCUCUUAUGGUAGACCCUCAGGGUCAAGCAAUUAAGUGGAUUAAAAAUAUGGAAGGAAAGCGAAAUCUCAAGAUAAUAGAUUUACAACAACCAGAUUUUUUAAGAACUCUUGAAAAUGCAGUUCAAUUUGGUAUUCCAGUGUUGCUUCAGAAUGUUUUUGAAGAGUUGGAUCCUUCCCUGACUCCUUUGCUCAACAAGUCUUUAAUAAAACAAGGGGGUCGUAUGCUAAUAAAACUUGGUGAUAAGGAUGUUGAAUACAAUCCUGAUUUCAAGUUUUAUAUUUGCACAAAGCUUAGUAAUCCACAUUACACGCCAGAAAUUUCUACCAAGACAACCAUCGUCAAUUUUGCUGUUAAAGAACAAGGUCUUGAGGCACAACUAUUAGGAAUUGUUGUGCGUAAAGAACGGCCAGAGCUUGAAGAACAAAAAGACAUGCUAGUUAUAAACAUUGCUGCUGGUAAAAAGAAACUUGAAGAUCUUGAAGAUGAAAUCCUCAGACUUUUAAAUCAUGCUCAAGGUUCAUUGUUGGAUGACGAGCAACUUGUGAACACUCUGCAUUCUUCAAAAAUAACAUCAAAUCAAAUUUCUGAACAGCUGAAAAUUAGUGAGCAGACAGAAAUGAGAAUUGAUGCAGCUAGAGAGGGCUACAGAUUGUCAGCUCAACGAGCAUCAAUUAUGUUUUUUGUUUUAAAUGACCUUAGUCAUGUUGAUCCUAUGUAUCAAUUUUCAUUAGAUGGUUAUAUUGAUCUUUUCAAUAACUCGAUAGACAAAAGCAAAAAGACUCAAAAGUUAGAUGAAAGGAUCCAAAACUUAAAUGACUUUCAUACAUAUGCAGUGUACAGAUACACUUGUCGUGGUUUGUUUGAAAAGCACAAGCUGCUCUUCUCUUUUCAGAUGUGUGCAAAAAUUCUAGAAGCAUCUGGAAAAAUUAACAUUGAUGAAUAUAAUUUUUUUCUACGAGGUGGAAUAGUACUUGAUAAAGAAGAACAAAUGGAUAAUCCCUGUUCCUCAUGGUUAUCUGAUGCUAGCUGGGAUAAUAUUACAGAACUUGAUAAGUUACCAAAUUUCCAUGGAAUAAUUGCAUCUUUUGAGCAAUUUUCACAAGACUGGAAUCAGUGGUUUAUAUCUGCAGAACCAGAAAGUACUCCUUUAAUAGGCGAAUGGCAAAAUGGUUGUAAUGAACUGCAGCGUAUGCUAAUUAUUCGUUCAUUAAGACCUGAUAGAGUUGGAUUUUGUGCUGCAUCAUUUAUAGUUAAUAAUUUAGGGCCCAAAUUUGUAGAUCCCCCUGUACUUGACAUGAAGGCUGUUUUAGAAGAUUCUAAUGCAAGAACACCACUUAUAAUUGUACUUUCACCAGGCGUGGAUCCAACGGCAUCUUUGUUACAACUUGCUGAAUCAUGUGGCAUGAUUAACCGUUUUCAUAUACUAUCACUUGGGCAAGGACAAGCACCUAUUGCAACUCGAAUGCUUAAGGAAGGUGUUCAAGAAGGCAAUUGGGUCUUUUUAGCUAACUGCCAUUUAUGCUUGAGUUGGAUGCCAUAUUUAGACAAACUUAUUGAACAAAUUCAAGUUGAAAAACCUCAUCCAGAUUUUAGACUUUGGCUAAGUAGCAGUCCUCAUCCAAAGUUCCCUAUAUCUAUAUUACAAGCUGGUAUCAAGAUGACAACCGAGCCACCUAAGGGUAUGAAAUCUAACUUGAAGCGCUUAUAUCAACUUGUAACAGAUCAGCAAUUCAAUAGGUGUCACCACCAGGAAAAGUACAAAAAGCUAUUAUUUUCACUUUGUUUCUUUCAUAGUAUUUUACUUGAAAGAAAGAAAUUUUUGCAGCUAGGAUGGAAUAUUUCAUACUCAUUUAAUGAUUCUGACUUUGAAGUAUCAGAGAGUUUAUUAAGUAUUUAUCUAGAUGGAUACGAUGUCACCCCUUGGGAUGCUCUUAAAUAUUUGAUUGCUGGAGUAAAUUAUGGAGGACAUGUAACAGAUGAAUGGGAUCGCCGUUUGUUAAUGACCUAUAUCAAUGAUUGUUUUAACGAUAAUGUUCUUACAGUUCCUUUUUAUAAGCUUUCAUCUAAUAACUACUACUACAUUCCCAAGGACGGAGAUUUGCGAGCAUAUCGUGAGUUUCUUAACAUGCUUCCAAGUAUUGAUAAUCCAGAUAUAUUUGGACAGACACAAAAUGCUGAUAUUACUAGCCAAAUAAGAGAAACAAGGAAUCUUUUUGAAACAGUUUUGUCCCUUCAGCCUCAAGUAUCUUCUGGAUUGCAUGGUGAACGACCUGAAGAUAAAGUGUUGGAGCUGGCAGCGGAUGUUUUGAAAAAACUUCCUGAUUUAAUUGACUACGAGCAAACAGCAAAAAUUCUUGCUGAUGAUUCUUCUCCGCUUAAUGUGGUUUUACUGCACGAGAUAUCUCGUUACAAUGCACUUUUAAAAACGAUUAAGUCGUCUCUCACAGAACUACAGAAAGGUAUCAAAGGAUUCGUUGUAAUGUCAACUGAACUUGAAGAAACCUUCAACUAUAUUUUUGAUGCAAAAGUUCCUCCUCUUUGGGAAAAGUGUUAUCCUUCGUUAAAACCAUUGGCUUCUUGGACUCGGGACUUAGUAUUACGGGUUGAACAAUUUAGCAGAUGGGCAACUACUGCUCGAUCUCCUAUAAUUUUUUGGAUGAGUGCGUUUACGUUUCCUAAUGGAUUUCUAACUGCUAUUCUUCAAACGUGUGCUCGUCAAAAUAAUGUUUCAGUCGACAGCUUAUCUUGGGAUUUUAUUGUUUCUACUAUCGAUGAUCGAAAUAUAACUCAACCACCUAAAGAUGGUGUGUUCAUUCGAGGAUUAUAUUUAGAAGGAGCGGGAUGGAAUGUACGCGACGCUUGUUUAAUAGAAGCAGAACCAAUGCAGUUAGUUUGUCCAUUACCAACAAUACAUUUUAAGCCUGUUGAAAAUAAAAAGAAAUCUGGGAAAGGUAUUUAUACCUGUCCGUGUUAUUAUUACUCUAAUCGUGCUGGUAAAUCUGGUAAAGAGUCUUUUAUAGUAGCUGUCGAUCUUAAAUGUGGCAGCUUUAGUGCUGAUCAUUGGAUUAAACGAGGAACUGCUUUACUAAUGAGUCUUGACGAAUAGAAAUAUUGUUGAUAUGUUUAUAUUUAAAAUAAUAAUAUGUAAGUUAUUUUUCUGCAAAAUAGACAUAAAUUCACAUACACACACACGCACGCACGCAAACACGCAUUAUAGAGCUAUUUUUAUUGGAUUUUAAUUUUUUUUUUUUUGUUUUUUUUUAUUGUUGUGAGCUUUUUAAAAAGAGUAUUCUUCAGUUAUUAAAAAAUAUUUGUUGUUAUUAUUACAUUUUUAUAUAACUUAUAAAUAAGAAUUUAUAUCAGCACGACUAUUUCGCGAUAUUAAU